AUGGAGGAAAGACGGCGAAUGAAAGAAAGACGGGACAUGAAGGAAAGACAGUGCACGAAAUAUAGUAUCCCUGCGUCGAUGAGUAUUGGACUGCGGAUGUUGGAUAUCGUCAGUGGCAGUUGCUGUCUGGUCGUACUUCGUGCAGCCAGCUUACGAGACUGUAAUAGAGCAAUGGGAUUUGAGCCUCACCACUAUGAAGGCAUUACCCAUCACAUGCUGCUAUUUGGUUGCAUGCAGCCCGGGUCCUCCAGAGAUGUCUGGAACUGCAAUGAGAUGGGAGACAAGGGUUACGGUUCUGCUCCCCCCUGUGCUAAGGGUAACCAGAUCAUUUAUGCAUGGGCAAUGGAUGCACCCAAGCUAGAACUGCCAGAGGGUGUUGGAUUCAAGGUUGGAGGAAACACUGACAUACAGUACCUUGUUCUACAAGUGCAUUAUGCACAUCCUGAGAAACUAAACGGAGGGAUGGACGACUCGGGGCUGGUGCUGAAGGCGACGACGACGCCGAUGCCGAAGCGAGCCGGGGUGCUGCUGAUGGGCACGGCCGGGGAGCUGGCGCCACACGCAGAGACGCACAUGGAGACGGCGUGUCAGAUCGAGGACGACAUCGUCAUGCACCCGUUCGCGUACAGGACCCACACCCACAGCCACGGCACUGCCGUGUCAGGAUACGAUAUCCGUGAUGGAGAAUGGAGGGAGAUCGGAAAGGGAGAUCCGCAGAAGCCUCAGAUGUUCUACCUGAUUAAUAAGCCUGGAAUGACCAUUGAGCAAGGCGAUAUUGUGGCCGCACGUUGCACCAUGAUGAACAACGAGAACAAAGUCGUAAAAGUUGGGGCCGGCAUGGACGAUGAGAUGUGCAACUUCUACAUCAUGUACUGGGUGGACAACAAUCGACUUCUGAGUCGCAACAACUGCUUCACGAGCGGGCCACCCAGCUUUUACUGGAGCAGCGUGCCCGAGCUCGGAGAAGCACCUGCCGACGCCAGCACAUUGGACUAGUCGCGAGUGCUGCCAUCUGGUGGAGCCUAGUUGAAGCAUUUAGUGUGUGAGAGCUGUCGACUCAAUGGGUCAAGGGAGGGGGGGGGGAGGAAGUUGAAUAUUGAUGUUACAUUAACUUCGUGCCUAAUAACUUAAAAGCGUACAUGUCAGGGUGAUGUCUAUUGAAGCAAAUAUGAUUUGCAAUACUUAAUUACGCACCCACCUAGAAAGCAUGCACGGAGAUCGAGUUAUUCCGUUGGAAUGACAUAUUAAACUUGCAAGGAUCCGCACCUAGCAACUAAUGUAAAUUAUGAGCCAGCUUAUUGCCAGCUUUCAUAUGCACACGUACUUGCAUUUUUUAGAACUGAUCUACCAAUAGUUUGUGUAAUCAUGCACCCUGAUCCAUAGGAUCAACAAGAACUAUCUUGUGUCAUGAGGAACUGACACAUGGUAGCGACCAAGAUGGAAUCUUUGAGAAUUUACUCACACAAGAAUUUCAUAUGAAUGUGCAGUCUGUGAAGAUAUGUGAGUAACAGGUUGAUACCAGAGUAAACUCAUUGAUCGUUGAUUCAUUAUUUUAUUGUGGUAUCCUGAUAUUAUUGAGGUUGCAAGCAAGAUGAACAAGAGUUAGCUAUUUAUUUAGUGCACAACAUAUAUGGAAUCUAUAUAUUUACAUCCCACCAAUGAAACAUUUGUUAUAAUUGUAAAUCAUAUAUAUAUAUAUAUAUAUAUAUAUAUAUAUACAUGCGUGUGUAUUGUAGGAUACUAUUUAUUUAUUUGUAUAUGUUGCAAAAUGAAGUUUUACCAUGAGCAAAUCAGCCAUUGGUCUCAUAUUAAAAUUUUAAAACAUUCUAUUACAUGUUUAGCAUAUAAAUAUUGUGUUGAAUGAUAUUAACAUAUUAAGUAUUGCUUGCCUAGUUUAAUUGCUACAUUAAAAAUUACAUUAACAGCUAUAAAUUGAUGGAUUCAUUAACAAGCAAAUGGAAGAAAAUGUAUUUGUUUUCACAAUGCAAUGCUGUAUAAUGUAUGCUGUACUUUACAUUUAUGUAUAAAUUAAACGUCUAUUGUAGUUGUGUUGCCAA